AUGGCGACAACACCGUUCAAGGCGGAGGACAGCGGGCUUCUUCUUGUAUUCAUGCAACCGGGUCCUCAAGUUUCGCUCGAGGAGUUUCACGAGUGGUAUGACAACGAGCAUGUCCCGUUGCGUACUCAUCGUUUUACGACGUUCCGGUCGGCGGCGCGCUAUGCUGUCACCUCGACGGCGUUCAGUCCUUCCGAUGCGGUGGCACCGAAAGAGACGACAUGGGGGGCGUUCUACACGGUGUCGUCGAACGCCACGUUUGCUGAAACUGCGUACACAUCGCUGCGGAGCGAACGGAGCAAGAGGGAGGCGGAUCUGUUCACGCGCCUGGCGAUUGUUGACCGCCGCAUCUACAAGCUCGAAUACGACAGCGAUGCUGACAACAAGAUCAGCGUGGAGCGCAAGCGGCUCGGGCUGAACGUACAGAAGGCCCAGGACACGGGGAGCUACCUGGUGACCAACAGCGUGGAUGUGAAACCGGAGGUUCAGGACGAGUACAACAGGUGGUUCGAGCAGGAGCACGUACCCAUGUUGAGCAAGGUCAAGGGCUGGAAGAGGAGCAGGCGCUUCACACUGAUCGACAAUGGCGUCAACGGCACGCUUGCCAAGGAGGGCAUGACAGAGGGCGUGCCCAAGUGCCUCGGUCUCCACGAGUACGAUAACGACGCUCCUGAAGACACACAAGAAUACAAGGACGCCUGCUCCACCCAAUGGCGCUCCGACAUCUUGGGCCCCAACAGCGCCAACUUGAUCCGCAGGGAGCGCAAGACGUGCGCCCUGUAUCGUGCCUGGGAUCCCAUUGCUGCGAUCGAGGCCGAACAGUCGUAA